GUGGAGGGCGGUCCGCGGGCGCCGGGCCAGGCGCGAGGAGGCGGAGGGGCGCGGUGGGGCGCCCGCCGCCUUCGCCGGCCUGUGUCCUUGACGACUCCGCUCCGCUCGGCGACCAUGGCGGUGCUGGCGGCCCUUCUGCGCGCUGGCGCCCGCGGGCGCAGCCCCCUGCUCCGGAGGCAGCUGCAGGAAAUAAGAUAUGUGGAGCGAAGUUACGCAUCAAAACCUACUUUGAAUGAAGUGGUCAUAGCAAGUGCUACAAGAACACCCAUUGGAUCCUUUCUAAGCAGCCUUUCCUCCCUGCCAGCCACUAAGCUGGGCUCCAUUGCCAUUCAGGGAGCCAUUGAAAAGGCAGGAAUACCAAAAGAAGAAGUGAAAGAAGCAUACAUGGGUAACGUUAUACAAGGAGGUGAAGGACAAGCCCCUACACGGCAAGCAGUACUGGGUGCAGGCUUACCUAUUUCCACUCCAUGCACCACGAUAAACAAAGUCUGUGCCUCAGGAAUGAAAGCCAUCAUGAUGGCCUCUCAGAAUCUUAUGUGCGGACAUCAGGAUGUCAUGGUCGCAGGUGGGAUGGAGAGCAUGUCCAAUGUUCCCUACGUGAUGAACAGAGGAGCAACUCCAUAUGGUGGGGUAAAGCUUGAAGAUUUGAUUGUAAAAGAUGGGCUAACUGAUGUCUACAACAAAAUUCAUAUGGGUAACUGUGCUGAGAAUACUGCAAAAAAGAUGAAUAUUUCGCGAGAUGAACAGGAUACUUACGCUAUCAACUCCUACACCAGAAGUAAAGCAGCAUGGGAAGCUGGGAAGUUUGGAAAUGAAGUUAUUCCUGUCACAAUUACAGUAAAAGGUAAACCAGAUGUAGUGGUAAAAGAAGAUGAAGAAUAUAAACGUGUUGAUUUUAGCAAAGUUCCAAAGCUGAAGACAGUUUUCCAGAAAGAAAACGGCACAGUCACAGCUGCCAACGCCAGCACACUGAAUGAUGGAGCAGCCGCUGUGAUUCUGAUGACUGCAGAUGCAGCCAAGAGACUCAAUGUCAAACCACUGGCAAGAAUAGCAGCAUUUGCUGACGCUGCUGUAGAACCUAUUGAUUUUCCAAUUGCACCUGCAUAUGCUGUACCUAAGGUUCUUAAAGCUGCAGGAGUGAAAAAAGAUGACAUUGCAAUGUGGGAAGUAAAUGAAGCCUUUAGUCUGGUUGUCCUAGCAAACAUUAAGAUGCUGGAGAUUGACCCUCAAAAAGUGAAUAUCAACGGAGGAGCUGUUUCUCUGGGACAUCCAAUUGGGAUGUCUGGAGCCAGGAUUGUCACUCAUUUGGUUCAUGCCUUGAAGCAGGGAGAAUAUGGUCUUGCCAGUAUCUGCAAUGGAGGAGGUGGGGCUUCUGCCAUACUGAUCCAGAAGCUGUAAGACGACCUGUCACCAGUGUGGCUGACUUACUUGGAUCAGCCUAUACUCCAAAGAAUGUUUCCUUUUUUAUUAUUUUCUAUUUUAACUUUUUCUAAAUAAGAUGAAAAGAUCAAAUCCCCAAACAUUUUGAAAUUAUAAAUAAAUCUUUUCUUCUGCUUUAAA